CAAAUUCAGUCCAAUCAAAAAAUGGAAUUACCUCUUAUCUUCUCCAUAACUCUCACCAUUCUCCUAUCAAUCUUUCUCAUCUCCAAACGCAGCCGCCACCGCCGCCGCCUCCCGCCGAGCCCCGCCGUGGCUCUGCCCAUCAUCGGCCACCUCCACCUCCUCAAACAACCCCUCCACCGCACCUUCCACCGCCUCUCCCAAUCCACCGGCCCCAUCUUCUCCCUCAAGCUCGGCCUCCGCCGCGCCGUCGUCGUCUCCUCCCCGCCCCUGGUCGAGGAAUGCUUCACCAAAAACGACGUCGUUUUGGCCAACCGCCCAAACAUCAUAAUCGACGAGUACAUCGGCUACAACCACAGCACCAUGUCCGGCGCCCCCUACGGCGAGCUCUGGCGCAGCCUCCGCCGCAUCGCCGCCCAGGAGGUCCUCUCCGGCGCCCGGCUCACUGCGUUUGCCGAGAUCCGGCAAGACGAGGUGAAAUCGAUGCUGCUUAGCCUCGUCGAGAAAGAGACACUACCGCAAAAAAACUCUCAGGGGUUUUCGGAGGUGGAGCUAAGGCCAAGGCUGUUGAAGCUGUCGUUUAACAACAUGAUGAGAAUGCUGGCGGCGAAGAGGCUGGAUGAGGAGAGCGAGGAGGGGCGGAGGCUGCGCCGGAUAAUCAACAAGGUUUUCGAGAUGGCGCAGGCUUCGAAUCCGCAGGAUUUCUUGCCGUUUCUGCAGUGGAUUGACUACGGCGGUUUCACCAAGAAAGUGGCGGCGCUUGCGGAGGAGAUGGAUGAGUUGUUUCAGGAGCUGGUGGAUGAGCGCCGCCGCGAGAAGAGGAAUAGUAUGAUCGGACAUUUGUUGGAGCUGCAACGAUCGGAGCCGGAGUUUUAUUCCGAUAUCACUAUCAAAGGACUUCUCAUGAGCCUACUUUUUGGUGGGACGGAUACAUCCGCUAUCACUAUAGAAUGGGCAAUGUCUCUUCUUCUCAACCACCCUCACAUCCUUAAAAAGGCCAGAGAAGAACUUGAAACCAAAAUCGGACACAACCGAUUAGUAGUUGAAGAAGACCUAUCCAACUUGCCCUACCUCCACAACAUUAUCUUGGAGACCUUCCGCCUCUUCCCGGCAGGGCCCCUGCUCGUGCCCCACGUGUCGUCCUCCGACUGCAAAGUCGGGGGAUACGACAUCCUGAGUGGCACUCUCGUGUUCGUCAAUGCCUGGGCGAUACACAGGGACCCCGCCUUGUGGCAGGACGCCGUGAGCUUCAAUCCCGAGAGGUUCGAAGGGGUGGAAGCCGAAGCGCAUAAUCUGAUGCCGUUUGGAACGGGGCGAAGGGCGUGCCCCGGGGUGGGGCUGGCCCAGCGGUUCGUGGGGCUGACGUUGGCGGCGAUGGUGCAAUGCUUUGAGUGGGAGAGAGUGGGUUUGGAGGAGGUGGAUUUGGGGGAAGGGGAUGGGCUAACUAUGCCUAAGGUGGUGCCUUUGCGAGCUAUGUGUAGGCCAAUGGAGAUCAUGAACAAGUUUGUUGAUGAAUGUGUUCACUAAAACUCGUAUAUUUUGAAUGAAAAUGAUAUUGUGUUGCA